AGAUGCAAUGCAACAAUGAAAGAUUUAACGCCGGUUUUCCUCUCUUCAGAUAAAUCCAUAAAAAUAGCCCAAGACGCACUGAAAACUCUUCUCAGGAGGAAGUGUCAAUGCAUAUUUGAAGGUUUAGCAAAACAUGGCCGCCGAACCCUCCUCAAAGAGAUCUAUACAGACCUCUACAUCACAGAGGAGGGAAGUGGGUGGGUCAAUAAUGAACACGAGGUCAGACAGAUUGAGACAGCAUCCAAGAAACAAACCACACAGGAGACUGCAAUCCUCUGCAAUGACAUCUUUAAGCCUUUACCUGGAAAAGAGAAACCCAGAACUGUGCUUACAAAGGGCAUUGCUGGUAUUGGGAAAACUGUCUCUGUGCAGAAGUUCAUUCUGGACUGGGCAGAAGGAAAAGCCAAUCAGGACGUUGAUUUCAUCUUCACUCUCCCUUUCCGAGAUCUGAAUUUGGAGAAGGAAAGAGCAUUCAGUCUGAUGCAACUUCUGCAGCACUACUUUCCACAAAUGAAAGAGAUCAAAAGUGUUGAAGGUGAUGAAGUCAAAAUGGUGUUUAUCUUAGAUGGUCUGGAUGAGUGUCGACUUCCUCUAAAUUUCCAAAGCAAUGAGGACUGCUGUGAUGUAACAGAGUUAUCAUCAGUGGAUGUGCUGCUGACCAACCUCAUUAAGGGAAAUCUGCUUCCCUCUGCUCUCCUCUGGAUCACCUCCCGACCAGCAGCAGCUAGUCAGAUCCCUCCUGAGUGUGUCCACCAGGUGACGGAGGUACGAGGGUUCGAUGACCCACAGAAGGAGGAGUACUUCAGGAAGAGAAUCAGAGAUCAAAACCAGGCCAGCAGAAUUAUCUCACACAUAAAGUCAUCCAGGAGUCUCUACAUCAUGUGUCACAUACCAGUCUUCUGCUGGAUUUCUGCUAGUGUUCUGGAGACAAUUUUGAGUGAAGCAGAGAAUCUGCCCAAAACUCUGACUGAAAUGUAUACACACUUCCUGCUCAUUCAGACUAAUGUGAAGAAUCAGAAGUAUCAUAGCACCAAGUAUCAUGGUACCAAUAAGAUAAGCUCAAAGAAGAUGUCAGCAUCAGAUACUGAAAUCAUCCUGAAACUGGGGCGGCUGGCUUUUCUACAGCUGGAAAAGGGAAACCUGAUAUACUAUGACGAAGACCUCAGAGAGAGUGGCAUUGAUGUUAGUGAAGCUUCAGUGUACUCUGGGGUGUGCACAGAGAUCUUUAAGGAGGAGUGUGGGUUAUAUCAGGAGAAGGUCUACUGCUUUGUGCAUCUGAGCAUUCAGGAGUAUCUGGCUGCCAUGUUUGUGUUUCAUUCAUGCGUAAAAGAGUACAGAAAUGUACUCAGAGCAGAAGAAUCAGAACCUUACAGUUACAGAGUGCAGCUGUCUGAGUUACACAGGAGUGCAGUGGAUCAGGCCUUAGAGAGUAAGAAUGGACACCUGGACCUUUUCCUCCGAUUCCUUAUUGGCCUCUCUGUGGACUCUGUUCAGACUCUCUUAGGAGGACUACUGACACAGACAGAAAGCAGAUCACGUGUACCAGAACCACAGACACAGACAGAAAGCAGAUCACCUGUACCAGAACCACAGACACAGACAGGAAGCAGAUCACCUGUACCAGACCCACAGACACAGACAGGAAGCAGAUCAACUGUACCACACACACAGGCACAGACAGGAAGCAGAUCACCUGUACCACACACACAGGCACAGACAGAUAGCAGAUCACCUGUACCACACACGCAGGCACAGGCAGGAAGCAGAUCUGAUGGAGGAAGACAAAAAAAAAAGUCCAUGUUUACCUUCUUUCAAAGACUAUGGACAUGGACAUGGACAGGACACAGAUCAACUGUACCAGACCAACAGACACAGACAGGAAGCAGAUCAACUGUACCAGAACCACAGACAGGAAGCAGAUCAACUGUACCAGACCCACAGACACAGACAGAAAGCAGAUCAAAGAGCAUUGAGAAAACAGUCCAGUACAUUAAGAAGAGGAUCAGAAUGGAGUCUUCAGCAGAGAGGACCAUCAAUCUGUUUUACUGUCUCAAUGAACUGAAUGACAACUCUCUCGUGCAGGAAAUCCAGAAUUCCCUGAGAUCAGGGAAACUUUAUGAUAAAAAGCUGGAACCAGACCAGUGUUCAGCUCUGGCCUUUGUGUUACUGACGUCAGAGGAGAUGCUGGAUGAGUUUGACUUGAAGACCUACAACACAUCAGCAGCAGGUCAUCAGAGACUGCUACCAGUAAUCAGGAACUGCAGGAAGGCCAUACUGAACAGCUGUGACCUCACAGAGAAGUGCUGUAAUAUUAUGGCCUCAGCUCUCCAGUCAUCAAACUCACCCCUGAGUGAUCUGGACCUCAGCUACAAUAACCUGGGAGAUUCAGGAGUGGAGCUGCUCUGUGCUGGACUGAGGAGUCCGGACUGUAAACUACAGAGACUGGGACUGAACAACUGUAAACUCACACAGAAGUGCUGUAAAAUUGUGGCCUCAGCUCUCCAGUCAUCAAACUCACCCCUGAGAGAUCUGGACCUCAGCUACAAUAACCUGGGAGAUUCAGGAGUGGAGCUGCUCUGUGCUGGAUUGAGGAGUCCAAACUGUAAACUACAGAGACUGGGACUGAACUACUGUGAACUCACACAGAAGUCCUGUAAUAUUGUGGCCUCAGCUCUCCAGUCAUCAAACUCACCCCUGAGAGAUCUGGACCUCAGCUACAAUAACCUGGGAGAUUCAGGAGUGAAGCUGCUCUGUGCUGGACUGAGGAGUCCAAACUGUAAACUGCAGAGACUGGGGCUGGGUUUGUGUAAUCUCACAGAGGGCUGCUGUGAUGUUCUGGCCUCAGUCCUGCAUUCUCCUCACUCAGAGCUGAGAGAUCUGGAGCUCAGAGACAACGAGCUGCAGGAUUCAGGAGUGAGAGCACUCUCUGCUGGACUGGAAAACCCACACUGUAAACUGCAGAGACUGGGGCUGUCAGGCUGUGGAGUCACACAGAGAGGCUGUGAUUCUCUGGCUUCAGCUCUGUGUUCAAACCCCUCACACCUGAGAGAGCUGGACCUGAGAUACAAUCACCCAGGAGACUCAGGAGUGAGAGCGCUUUCUGCUGCUAAACUGGACACACUCACACUGCUUGUGGACCAUGGAGGAGAGAACAGGACCAAACCAGGACCCAGGAAAUACGGCUGUCAGUUCACACUGGAUCCAAACACAGUGCGCAGAGAGCUGUCUCUGUCUGAGGGGAACAGGAGGGUGACACACACACCGUGGAGAAAGGAGCCAUAUCCUGAUCAUCCAGAGAGAUUUGAGUACUGGUCCCAGGUUAUGUGCAGAGAGAGUGUGUGUGAGCGCUGUUACUGGGAGGCUCAGUAUGAGUUCAGUGUGUCUGAGCGGGAGGGAUGGGUUUAUAUAGCAGUGACAUAUAAAGCAAUCAGCAGGAAAGGAGAGGGUUAUGACUGUAGGUUUGGAGACAAUAAAAACUCCUGGAGUCUGGAGUGCAUUAAACACAGAGACUCUGAUAAACUCAGAUGCUCUGUCUGGCACAAUAGGAACGAAACAUACAUACCUGCCCCCCCCCCCUACCGCAGAGCCAGAGUGUAUUAUGGUGCUGGUAGAAGAGUGUGUGUGUACAGGGUAGGAGUGUGUGUGGACCGUCCGGCCGGCACUCUGUCCUUCUACAGCGUCUCUGACUCUGACACACUGACCCUCCUGCACAGAUUCCACACACACUUCACUCCACACACACCCCUCUGUGCUGGAUUUCAUGUGUGGAGGUCCUCCUCAGUGUCCCUCUGCCAACUGGAGUAGAGACACACACAUUCACACACACACACACUCCUCAGUGUCCCUCUGCCAACUGGAGUAGAGACACCCACAUUCUCACACACACACGCAUACACACACACACACCACAUUCACAUACCCACUCACACACACACACACCACACACACUCAUAUACACAUACACACACACUCACACAUGCACACUCAGAUACACAUAGACACACACACCAACACCAACACACACACACACAUACUCUCACACACACCCUUGCUCUCUCACACUCACACACAUGCACACACACACCUACACACAUGAACACACACAAUCUCUCGCACACACAAGCACACACAUUCACGCGCGCACACACAUGCAUACGUACACACGCUCAUAACCGUAUGCACACACACACACCCUCUCUCUCAUACUCAGUCACUCACACACACACUCCCUCUCUCUCUCUCUCACACACACACUCACAUCCACACGCAUUCACACAAACGCACGCACACACACACAAACUCAUGCACUCACGUACACACACACAUACAUGCGUACAGAGACACAAACACGUGUCAACACACACAUUCACAUUCCCAUACGCAUGCACACACAUGUAUAAACACACACACACACACACACACUGAUGUACACUCAUGCACACACACUCACACACCCACACAAGCACACACUCAUGCACACACACUCACACACUUACACACACAUACACACUUUCUCACACCAAAUCACUCACACCCCCAAUCACACACAUGCACACACACACCUACACAUGGACACACAAUCUCUCGCACACACAAACACACACAUUCACCAGUGCACUCUCACGCGCACACACACAUGCAUGCAUACGUACACACGCUCAUAACCGUAUGCACACACACACACACUCUCUCUCUCUCUCAUGCUCAGUCACUCACACACACACACCCUCUCUCUCUCACACACACACUCACAUCCACACACAUUCGCACAAACGCACGCACACACACACAAACUCACACCUAGACCCUCACACACACACACACACAUAUAUACAAACAGUCACACUCACACACUUAUAUACACACACACUCAUAUACACAUACACACACACACUCACACAUAUAUAUACAUACACUCAUAUGCACCUAGACCCACAUACUCGCACUCACACACCUACACACACUCUCGCACACCCAGUUACACACACACACACACCGUCUCUCUCUCACAUACACUCCAUCACACAAACGCAUACUCUCACACACACCCUUUCUCUCUCAGUCAUGCACACGCACUCACAAAUACACACACUCAUGUUUACUCAUGCACACGCACUCACACACCUACGCACGCACACUCUCUCACAUCCAGUCACUCACACACACCUACACACGGACACACACAAUCUCACGCACACACACAUGCAAAUAUACACACGCUCAUACCUGAAUGCACACACACACUCUUUCUCUCACUCACACUCUCACAUACAGUAUACAGACACACACAUGCGCAAACGCACGCGCACACACACAUACACUCAUGCACUCACGCACAAACACAAACAUGUCAACACACACACAUACUCAUGCACACACACAUGCAUACACUUACAUGCAUGCACACACCAUAUACACAUGUAUACACAAACAUUCUCAUACCCAUACAUACAUACACACACGUAUAAACACGCACAAAUUCAUAAUGGCACUCUCACGCACACACAAAUACACAUACAUACACUCAUUCUCUUCCACGCACACACACUCAAAUACACAGUCACACACACAUUCACACAAACGCACGCACACUCACUUUCUCUUACCCAUACACACGCACCUGUGUGCACACAUACUCAUGCACUCAAUCAUACUCUCACACAUGCACACACACACACACACACACAUUCUCUUACCCAUUCACACACGCAACCCAGGCACACACACACAUGCAUACUCACGCAUGCACACACACAUUCACGCGCGCACACACAUGCAUACGUACACACGCUCAUAACCGUAUGCACACACACACACCCUCUCUCUCAUACUCAGUCACUCACACACACACUCCCUCUCUCUCUCUCUCACACACACACUCACAUCCACAUGCAUUCACACAAACGCACGCACACACACACAAACUCAUGCACUCACGUACACACACACAUACAUGCGUGCAGAGACACAAACACGUGUCUACACACACAUUCACAUUCCCAUACGCAUGCACACACAUGUAUAAACACACACACACACUGAUGUACACUCAUGCACACACACUCACACACCCACACAAGCACACACUCGUGCACACACACUCACACACUUACACACACAUACACACUUUCUCACACAAAAUCACUCACACCCCCAAUCACACACAUGCACACACACACCUACACAUGGACACACAAUCUCUCGCACACACAAACACACACAUUCACCAGUGCGCUAACACGCGCACACACACAUGCAUGCAUACGUACAAACGCUCAUAACCGUAUGCACACACACACACACUCUCUCUCUCUCUCAUGCUCAGUCACUCACACACACACCCUUUCUCUCUCACACACACACUCACAUCCACACACAUUCGCACAAACGCACGCACACACACACAAACUCACACCUAGACCCUCACACACACACACACACACAUAUAUACAAACAGUCACACUCACACACUUAUAUACACACACACUCAUAUACACAUACACACACACACUCACACAUAUAUAUACAUACACUCAUAUGCACCUAGACCCACAUACUCGCACUCACACACCUACACACACUCUCGCACACCCAGUUACACACACACACACCGUCUCUCUCUCACAUACACUCCAUCACACAAACGCAUACUCUCACACACACCCUUUCUCUCUCAGUCAUGCACACGCACUCACAAAUACACACACUCAUGUUUACUCAUGCACACGCACUCACACACCUACGCACGCACACUCUCUCACAUCCAGUCACUCACACACACCUACACACGGACACACACAAUCUCACGCACACACACAUGCAAAUAUACACACUCUCAUACCCAUAUGCACACACACACUCUUUCUCUCACUCACACUCUCACAUACAGUAUACAGACACACACAUGCGCAAACGCACGCGCACACACACAUACACUCAUGCACUCACGCACAAACACAAACAUGUCAACACACACACAUACUCAUGCACACACACAUGCAUACACUUACAUGCAUGCACACACCAUAUACACAUGUAUACACAAACAUUCUCAUACCCAUACAUACAUACACACACGUAUAAACACGCACAAAUUCAUAAUGGCACUCUCACGCACACACAAAUACACAUACAUACACUCAUUCUCUUCCACGCACACACACUCAAAUACACAGUCACACACACAUUCACACAAACGCACGCACACUCACUUUCUCUUACCCAUACACACGCACCUGUGUGCACACAUACUCAUGCACUCAAUCAUACUCUCACACAUGCACACACACACACACACACACACAUUCUCUUACCCAUUCACACACGCAACCCAGGCACACACACACAUGCAUACUCACGCAUGCACACACACAUUCACAACUGCACACGCACAGAAACACACUCUCACCCAAUCACACACGCACACACGUCGACACACUUGCAACCUUCCUUGACCAAUGCCUUACAACUGCAAUUUCAGCUGUGCCCAGUAUUAGCCUCAGUACAGCUUUUAAACCCUGUACAUGGGAGUAUGAUCUUUUAGCAGGUUCAGGUUAAGCACUUGCUAUUUAAAUAUGAUGAUUUUUUUAUUUAUUUAUUACAUUUUAAUAAAUUUAUAUUUCAAAUGUUCAAGGUGUGUUUAUGUACUUUUGAUUAUUAAAACAUUAAUAUAACAUUAAGUGUAAUAAUGGCAAAAGAUGGCAGGGUAAAAUGUUUUUGAAGUAAUAACUCUGUCUCCAGUAUCUGCAUCUUUGUAUAAAAGAAGCCAGUGGCAAACUCCUCCAGUUAACUGCAUUUUACUAGUUUUUACAGUUGCUUUCAUUCAUUUUCACAAGAGUUCCAAUGUGCAAAUUUCUGUGGGCAAAUGCAGCUGAUAGGGAGAAUGCAAAAUGAUCACUGCAGUGUACUUUUUUCUUUUUUGUAUGAGUUGAUGAGUUGAGUUUCCUUAUUUAUUGGGUCAGGAUUGUUUUUUUUUUUGUUUUUUUUUUUUUUUAAUCUGUUGCUUUAAUUUUCUGUAUUUUCAGACAACAAUCUUCAAUGAUUAAACCUGCAUUAUCAAAAAUA